AUGUCCGACGACCCCUUCCCGGCCUCCGCUCCCGGUGCCGGCCCUCCCGCCUUGGCUCCCGGUAAGCACCGCGGCCCCCGCUUCAGCUGGAACAGUGCCUAUGAGACCACCUUCUUCACCUCCCUCUGCGAGUCGGUCCAUCUCGGUCUACGCGAGGGCAACACGUUCAAGCCCGAGGCCUGGGACCGCGCAUUGCAGGCCCUCAUCACCCACCACAACGCCUAUGCCAACAAGGGCCACCUCAUCAACAAGAGCGACAAUGCUCGGAAAAAGUUCCGUCUGUGGCGUGGUCUGCGCGAGGAUCCCGACUUCCACUACGAUGUCAUGACCAGGACUGUGAAUGCCUCCGAGGAAGCAUGGGCCAGACAUUUGCAGAUGGAACCACUCUCUCGCUCCCUUCGUGGAAGACCUUUCGAACAUGAAGAACUUUACGAGAUCUUGUUUCCCGAUGUCAUCGGCUCUGGCGGUGCCCCCAAACGACUGACCAAACAACGCCCCCGCAAGACGAACGACAACCUCAACCCUUCCGGCCCCGGCCUCGGUCCCGGCUCCAGCUCCGGCUCUGGUCCCGGUCACGGUCCCGGCCACGCCGACCAGGAUGCCCCUAAUACGACCAUCAUGAACCUCCUUGCCGAUCAAUCCUACGCGAACCCUCAUCCACAGGCCCACAUGCCUCCUCCGCCGCCGCCAGUCCAUUCGGCUUCCGCCCCUCUUCCCUCUCCCAUCCCCGCCCCCGUGUUGGCCCCCAUUCCCACUCCACCAACCUUGCCGUCGUCUCAACCACCAUCACAUUCCCGGCCCAACCUGAGCGCACAUCAGCCCCGAAAUAACCCGAGCACGUCCGCCCUCACGCCACCCGAGGAGAAUCCUGUCCAGAACCGAAGAAGGCCUCACAUGCCUGACAGCAGUGGCUCCAGCGGCUCUACUAACGCUGAAAAACGCCGCCGUACUGCCUCAAACUCUGUUGACCACGCUUCUCAGCCCUCGGGUAUUGCCAGCUCUUCCGCAGUCAGCAGUCUAUCUACUCCCGAUGCGGUGACAGCUUUGGCAGAGGUUCUUCGUUUUCCCAAGCCCAAGUUGAGUUGGGCAGAGCAAGCCGUCGAGAUCUUCUUCCGAGACUUCGCCCAGGAGGAUAUGGACUUUCAGCUCAAGGUGGCCGAAAAGGCCCUCACGGACGAGAACAAGGCCAUGGUGUUUUGCAAGAUGCCCAACCACGUGCGCAAACAUUGGAUUAAGCGUCUGAGGGAAGCACACAACAGGAGUAUCUAG